AUUAUUUAAAAGUAUUACACAUUUGAAAGCUGAAAUAUGGUGUCGCGUAAAAACAACAGCAAUCAUAACAACGAUACCUCCAAUGCCUUUAGCUAUGUGCGUGAUUUUAGUGCCCAGGCCAGUCAUUAUCGCAACAACAAAUCGGAAGAAUCUUUGGUACUACUUAACCGCACAGCUUCCUUACUAAGCACAGCCAUACAUCCGCAUCAUUUUUCACCGGGCAAUUUGGAAAUCUCCAAGUUCUUCAUUGAUUUGCAUGCCGUCAUGGGAACUUUGUCAAUUGAUUGUGAUGCUUUGUGGACUUGUGUGGGUAUAUUGCAGCAUUGCUCUAAAAAUCUGGAGGCACGUAAAGCCAUUGUGGAUGAAUAUCGUUAUAUACCUCUGUUGAGCUUUAUACUGAAGCGUUCACAAGCGGGAGAUAAACGUCACCGUUUACUUACCCUUUUGCAGGAAUUGACAUUUGGCAUUAAAAUCACCUGGGAAGAACCAUAUAUAAUAGUGUUGUUGGAACAGUUGGUUCAAAUUAUUUACCAAGCUGCUGACGAGGGCGAGGAAAUACAUGCUCAAUUGUCGCUGUCAAUUCUGAUAAAUCUUUGCUACAAGAAUUUUGUGGUUUUAUUUUUGUUCUUGCGCUCUGUAAACAUUUCCAGUUUCAGUCGACGCAUACAAAACUAUGGCAUGUUGGCCAACAAGAUGUUAAUCAUUCUCUCUGAGGACAUACAUUCGCCGGAUCAAAAGGAGUUGCAUAUAUUUUUACGUUCCAGUUUUGCCGCUGUUGAUGAUUGCAUCAAGCUUUGGAAUGUUCCGCAUUUGAGGCAUAUUGUAGAAUUUCUCAGAGAUUCACGUGCCUACAGUGGUCUACAUCAGGCUAUGCUGUGCUAUGAGUACUAUUGUGAAGAUAUUGAGAAGCUGUUGGAUCAUAUAGAAGCACGCUCCUCCAUGGAUGACUCUAGUGAAGAAAUUCGUAAGCAUCAGCAAACGUGCAUGGGUUUACUGUUUCAAUUAAUUGAAUAUAUUAUGGAAUUAUCCGCACAGCCAGAUACGGAUGGUAAUGAAAAUGUGGCAAUUAGUUUAGAUUCAAAUAUACCACGAAUAUUUGAACUGUUAAGUAAUUGGCUGGAAUCGGAAGUAUGUGGAGUGGAAGCAAUUAAUCUAUUGGAUAGUUUAGUGCGAUUAGCUAAAAAAGAGACUAUAGCCCCACGUAUAGCCAGAGAUCCCUCAAUAAUAAUACAACUUAUAACAGCCUCGGAGAAAACUGAUGCAUCCGCUCUACACACUGCAGCAGUUUUACAACUUUUAGUAUCGCUGUUGCAUCAAACAAAAACGGAGAAAUUAAUUUUAUCGAAAAUAACUGAAUCAUAUUUUGAUAAAAUUCUAGCGCCUCUAUUGAAUAUAAAGUCAGAAAUGCCCGAUAAUAGUUUAAGCAUGGAAGAAAUUGAAAAAUUCAUAUUUUGUUUACUAUUACUCAUAAAUUUCACAGAAAUAGCUAAAAAGGCGUAUUUUGAAAAAUGUUGCACUCUACUGCAAUUGCCCCAAAUACAAAAUGCUUUGGCACGGGCCAUGAUAACAGGCAAUGAGAAAUUAUGUUCGACAGUAUUUCAAAUAUCACAAUUUGAACAUUUUCCACAAACAGAAGUGGCCAAGCUUAUUUCGAAAUUAAAUGCUUCAACAAAUCAAUUGACUCCGGCGGCUCCUACGGGCGAUCAAUGGCGUAAUUUGAAUGCAAUUUUAAAGAGUCAUAAGACAUUUGUCAGCAAAGAACUGGAAGAACGUCUACAGGCCCUCAUUGAUGUUAUAACACAGGCCCAAAACAACAAUCAACUGCAUAAUGUGGCCACUUCGCAAAUUAUAGAACUUUUCAAUUAUAAAAUCGAAAAAUUUAAUUCAGCCGAAAGUUGUAUGCAAAAAAGACUAGAAGAAGCCAGUAAAGAGAUCACUCAUUUAACCCAGCGCAUCAAUUUACAAAAUGCCGAACUGGACAAAUACCACACCAUGAACUUUGAACUGCACAUUAAUCAGGAAUCUUUGCAGACUCAGUGCAAAGAUUUGAAACAUCAAAAAGAUAAUUUAAAGCGUAAUAUGACCGAUGUAAUGAAAAAACUUUCAGAACUAUCGGAAACCUUAAAAAUUAAUGAGAAACGUUUAUCGGUUAAAGUAUCGGAAAUGAUUGUUUUACAAAAAGACUUUAAUGAUCUUAAAGACGAACUGCAGGUUAAAACGGAAGAUUUAGAGAAGCUUCAUGUGGCUGCCAAGGAAAAUACUUCCCGCAUAGAUAAAUUGAAAAAGACUAUAGCGGCCUUUGAAGUGGACAUCAAAGAAAAAGUACGACACAUUGAAGAGAAAGAACGUGAUUUGGCCAAAACACAAAAGGCUUUAGAAGAACAAAGAGAAUCUAAAAGGAAAUCCGAUGGCGUCAUAACGGUGCUAGAGUCUCAACUGCAGGAGAAGAAUGAACAACUACGCAACUAUGAAUUGGAACUAAGUGAAACAGAAGAGUUGCGUAAAACUAUCAUGAGUCUGAUGGAAAGUAAAAAACCGAAGCGCAAAUAAGAUAUAAACGCAAAAAACAAAACAAACUUUUAAUAAUUGAAGUUUUAGUCUUGUUAAAUUUAUAUUUAUUAGAGAAGAAAGGCAUUUUUACACUUACAAACUAAAUUUAUUUGUUUGUUUAAAUUUAAUAAUUUUUGCACAAUUUUUUUUAAACAAUUAUUAAGUAGUAUCUACAACUAAUAUUAGUUAAUAUUACAUAUUUUAGUCUUUUUACAAUUAAAUUAAUAUUUUAAUAAGUUUUUAUACUUGUUUUUUACACUUAUUCAUUCGCAUUAAGAUUUUAACAUAUUUUACAUUAAAUUUCAUUAAAUUGUACAAAAUUCUCUUUUUAAUACACAUUUUAAAUAUACAUACAUUAAUUAUGGUUUAUUAAUACAAAUAUGAA